AGCAAACGAGCCGUUUGAGAGCCAAAAGAACCGGCUCUUAUUGAACUGAUGCGUAUAAUCUGACAAACUGAAAAGGGGCUCGUUUGUAUAUCUUGUAUUCACACAGGUCUAAUACGCCAUAUGGGACAACUUGUCAGUGCACCAUCGUGUAUAUUUAAUGGUUUAUUUGGUAAUUAUUAAACUGUGUUUUCAAGUCGAAGUGUUUUUGAACGUUUCAGUGUAACGCACACGUCAUCAUUAUGCGCCCCUUUGAAUGAAACCAAGCGGGAGUUUUGUCGCAUUGAAUGGGAAGUAGGAAAAUUGUACCAAGAGCGACUUUAUUUAUACUGAGUAUCUGCAACAUCGUUUUUGAAACACAUUGAAAUGAUUGAUACAAUCGAAAAAGACGACAAUAUCAUAAGCGAGGAAGAAGCAGCUCAGUAUGACCGGCAGAUUCGCCUCUGGGGUCUGGAUGCACAAAAGAGGCUGAGGGGGUCUCGAGUGUUGCUCGUUGGACUCAGAGGACUGGGUGCUGAAGUGGCAAAAAACCUUAUUCUAGCUGGAGUGAAAGCACUCACUCUUCUGGACCAUGAACAGGUUACUGAGGAAUCAAGACGAGCUCAGUUCCUCAUCCCAGUGGAUGCAGAUGGUCAGAAUCAAGCCCAGGCUUCCCUGGAACGAGCCCAGUUCCUCAAUCCAAUGGUGGAAGUAAAGGCUGACACAGAUCAAGUGGAAAGCAAGCUGGAUGACUUCUUUCUUCAGUUUGAUGCAGUGUGUCUGACAAGAUGCUCCAGAGACCUGAUGGUCCGAGUGGACCAGCUUUGCGCCACCAGAAACAUUAAAGUCUUCUGUGGAGAUGUCUUCGGUUACCAUGGAUACAUGUUCUCUGACCUGGGCUUGGAGCAUCAUUAUGUAGAAGAGAAACCAAAGGUGGUGAAGUCAUCAGAAGAGGCUAAUGAUGGCCCCGAAGUGAAGAAACCUAGAAUUGAUCUGAAUGAGACUACCAUGGUGAAAAAGACGGCCAGUUUCUGCUCUUUAAAAGAGUCUCUUGAGGCUGACUGGACGAGUGAAGAGGCCAAGCGCAAUCUCAAGCGCACACCACCAGAUUACUUCUUACUACAAGUAUUGCUGAAAUUCCGCACAGAUAAAGGUCGAGACCCUCAUCCAGGUAGCUUUGGUGAGGACUCUCAGUUACUCCUGCAGAUCAGAGAUGAUCUCUUAGAGGCUAUGGGGGUGAAUCCGGAGCUGCUGCCUGACAACUUUGUCAGCUACUGUUUCUCUGAGAUGGCUCCAGUGUGUGCUGUGGUGGGAGGAGUACUUGGUCAGGAAAUAGUCAAGGUGAAAGGACACAUGGAAAGGAGAAAAUCAAGGCCAUAUGAGAUGCUGACUAGUUAAGAUGUGCUAUUCCCUAGCUAAAAGAAGGCAGGAUUAAUUACUAACAUAGACCCUCAACGGCAAUCCUGAUGACCCCCUUCCCAUGUGGUGCUUAUUGCUCCCUGCAGUUCAUUUCCUCUGGCUUUUAGCAAUGCAGCCAAUCAUUACACUGUCACCAGACAUAACAAAAGGAAAACUAACCUCUGAUUGGUCCUUUUCUUGUUGGGCCCAGGUAAGGACCAUGGUAAUACUGUUUUUUUUCCCCCUCUCACUAUCAAUUGCAUGCGAAGGCCCAAUUAUUAUUUUGCUUAUUUGCAUGUAACAAAACAAUGUUCUUAUUCUUAGUUUGUCCCUCACAGAUGUACAGUGUGUAAACAAAACACCUAAUGGGAAAAGAAUGAGUUCACGUAUGAGGAAAUGAAUGCAUAAAAACCCACAGAGUGGAUUCUUUACUGGCCAUUAACUCAGGAAGUAAAUGAACCUGUCUUUCCUGUUUAAAAUAUUUGGUCAUACUUUCCACAUGAGCCUUCCAUUGUUACACAUCAGAAAACACAAACAGUGUAUUACUACAUUAUAUAAGAGAUAUUCUUGCUUGCUUUACUGAGCUA